CAUUUUCAAACAAAAUCAAACCCAUUUCCUCACUGCCGUUUCCAUCAAUUAUCCUUAAACAAAAUUCUUCAUUUGCACCCCCCAUGGUUGGCAAGAAGAAGAUCUAGUAAAACCAAAUGCUACCGUCACUCUUGAUCGUGCUCUUAAUGCCAUGAAUCUAGAUGGAAACGAAGUUCAAAUAGUGUCUGGAGGAACGGGAAACGGAUCCUAUGGCCAAGAAGAGGAUACCAUGUCAAGUGUGGUCCUAUAAAUUUCAGGUCAAUGUGUAGUUAGUAUUUUAUAUCUAGAAGGCAGUGGUUUCUAUGUUCUGUACUUGGAAUCCAUUUUGGGUUUUGAUUUUGAUCACCGGAGUACAAAUAAUAUCCAAUCUUUGGUGGAAUGUUAGAAAUUAUCCUUUAACCACAGUGAAUGUGCCGUAAUUUUGUUUGUUGUUGAACUUGAAUGGAUAAUCCUUAUUAAGACAUGCACUAAUUCAAAGUUCUAUAUCCUAUUUUGGCAUAACAAUUUGUUUUGUUCUAGUAUUCGGAUACAAAUCUGUAUCGGUCGCUUUGCUUGUGACUUCACACUUUAUCGAAUAGCAAGAAUCUUUAUCUAGGCAAAUGAUCAAUUUGGUGCUCUUAGUCAGUUGCUCUCAUCUUCAAAUGAAUCUCCGAUCAUGAGAUUAAGCAAUUUUGGCAUAUUCUUUAGUAUAUUUCAGUUUAAAUAGAAACAUGUUGCAAGUCAAAUUUGUUGUAAGUUUUUCUAUUCAUUUGUUGGUGCCAACUUGUGGGUGUUUGGUCCAUUCAUGUCAACCUGAUCCAGGAAACAUCCAAUUGUACUCGACUCCCGUCCUGACCUGAAGUUGACAGCUUGUUUCAUCAGCAAGAAGAGGAUACCACGACUAUGCCAAGUGUGGUCCCAUGAAUGUGUAGUUAGUUAUAAUUAAAAGACAGAGGUGGUUCCAUGUUCUAUGCCUCUAUUCCACUUAUUUAAGAUGUCUAUACUUCCUGAGUUGGGUUUUGAUCACUGGAGUUUUCUACAACGUCGCUGUUGCUUUCAUGAUCUAUCUCCUGUGCGUUAACUCAUUUUUCUAACAUAUGGGCAUUAGAGAUUUUUCGAAAUCAUUUACUUUUAUAUUUGUUUUUCUUGUUCAUGCUCAGGUGUCAUAUUCUAUGAAUGAGACCUGCAAUUCAGAUGACUUUAGAGCACUGGAUGAAAUCGCAAAAGGUUUGGAGUCGGGGAUUACUGGCUGGCGAAAGGAUUAUGAUUGUUGCAGUUGGGUUGGCGUCAUUUGCGAGUUGUUUUCUAGCAUUGGUUUAGACGGUUCUAGUGUUUGGGUAACAAGGGUUGUUGGUUUGGAUCUUGGAAGCAGACAAUUGAAAGGGAAUUUGCCUGUGUCAGUGGUUCGUUUUAAACACCUUAGAUACUUAAAUUUCUCUGACAAUUUCCUCAAAGGUAUGUUUCCAGUUGAACUAUUCUUCAUGCAUAACCUCGAGGUCUUGGAUUUGAGUAACAAUGGGUUCAGUGGUCCAAUCAUGGUAAAAUCUUGGCUAAUUUCUAGUAUUAGAUUUCUCGAUGUCUCUAAUAAUUUACUUGAAGGUGCCCUUGACACAGGCUUCUGCACAAACUCAACCCACAUUGAAGUUCUUAAUCUCUCAUUGAACUUGUUUAGUGGAAAUUUCCCCCUUGGUUUCGGGAACUGCACAUCCUUACAACAUCUCUCCAUUAAUUCCAAUUAUCUUUCAGGAACUCUACCAAGUGAUUUAUGGAGGCUAAAGAAGUUAAACCAAUUAUAUAUUCAGGACAAUAGUCUCUCGGGGUCAUUGAAUGGAGUAGGUAACUUGUCGAACCUUGUCCAGUUUGAUUUAUCGCAAAAUGAGUUCUCCCAGACACUCCCGGAUAUUUUUACUAGCUUAGCAAAACUAGAGUAUUUUUCAGCUCAUUCAAACAACUUGUCAGGUCCUUUGCCAGCUUCAUUGCUGACAUCUCCAUUGCUAUACUAUCUAAAUCUUCGCAAUAAUUCUCUCAGUGGUUCGAUCAAUCUUGAUUGGACAAACAUGGUUAAUCUUAGAUCUCUUCAUCUUGGCUACAACAAAUUUCAUGGUCCAAUUCCUGAUAGUCUCUCUUACUGCCGAGAACUAAGAAAUUUAGGACUGCGUCAGAACUACCUUAACUCUCAACUCCCUGAUACAUUCAGGAACCUACAUUCCCUUUUCUUCCUAGCACUCACUAAUACCAACCUUUAUAAUAUUUCGUCCACCCUUGAAAUUUUACAACAAUGUAGGAACCUAACAAUCCUGAUUCUUGCCUCAAAUUUCCGUGGUGAAGACAUGCUCGCAAAUGCAAAUCUCCAGUUUCAAAGCUUGAAGGUUCUGGUUGUUCCAGAUUGUGGUCUGACAGGUUUGAUUCCAAAAUGGUUAAGAAGCUGUGCCAAAUUGCAGGUCUUGGAUAUUUCUAGGAACCACUUCAGUGGGUUCAUUCCAAACUGGUUAAGCCGUCUUAAAUUUCUCUUUUACAUAGAUAUGUCAAACAAUUCUCUAUCUGGAGAAAUCCCAAAAAGCUUAACCAGACUGCAAAGCCUCAUUUAUCGCGACGUUUUAUUGGAUGACACCAUCAAUUUUCCAUUUGUCAUUGGACGCACUCAAGGGUUAGCCGAAUUGCAAUACACACAGUUUUGGAGUUUUCCACCAACUUUGGACUUGAGCUAUAACAUGCUCAUUGGACAAGUAUGGCCAGAAUUUGUGAACUUGAAGAAACUCCAUUUGUUGUUACUGAAGUCAAAUCAUCUCCAAGGAUCUAUUCCUCCUGAAUUAUGUGGCAUGACAAGCUUGGAGGUGUUGGAUCUGUCUCACAAUAACCUAUCCGGAAGCAUACCUUUUUCACUGACAUCCCUAAGCUUUUUAUCACAGUUUAAUGUAGCAUACAACAACUUGGUUGGAAAAAUCCCUUCAGGCGGUCAAUUUUUGACUUUCCCUUGUUCGAGUUUUGAGGGUAACCUUGAUCUCCAAGCUCCCGGUUGUAAUCCUCUUCCAACUUCUCCAAAGGCAACUUCUACUUCAGGCGAUGACCCAAAAGAAAGUAAGAUGACAAUUUCCGGGAUUCCAUUUGCAGUUGGAAUAGCAACAGGUUUUAGUGUCACUGUAUUGAUUUUCUUCAUGUCUGGAAUGCUGAUCCCAGAGGUUAAGCUUGCAAUACAAAGCAGAUGAUCUUGAAUAGGUAAUGUAAAUAGAUUGUGAUGCAUGAAUAGGUAAUGUCUUAGAUAACAUAUUGGCUUGCACAACCUUAAUUGUGUAAUAAAAUAACUUAUUUUAUGUUUGUAUCUCCACUUUACUGUAACAUAGACUUGGCUGCAGAAAAGAAAAGUGAAGUGAUCUUGUGACGCGAUACUCACAGUGUGUUAUUACUGAGACUUGCAGUGGAGCUGCACCUCUGCAG